AUGAUUGUUGGUCCAAAACGCAACCGCUUACCGAUCAGACACGUGUAUCUGCCAAAAGAUAUAGCUACAAAAGUGCCCAAAAACCGGUUGAUGACAGAGAAGGAAUGGCGCUCCAUCGGUAUUCAACAAUCUCUUGGUUGGGUUCACUAUGCUAUUCACAAUCCCGAACCUCAUAUUAUAUUGUUUCGCCGCCCACGCACAGAUUUACCUGUUGCUACAGGUCCUAUGAAUGCUCAUGCUCAAUACGCCUGA